AUGAAAUCAAUCGGUCUUGCCGCUAUAACCGACGAAUGCGGGAGCUUCCUCUCGAGAUGCAUCACGGCCAGGAACCUGAAGCUGGGGGCGGCGCUUCACUCAAACCUCGUCAAAAGGGCGCUCAACUUGAACCCUUUCAUCGUCAACCGUCUGAUCGACAUGUACGCCAAAUGCAGCUCCAUCGAGUCAGCCGAGAAGGCCUUCGAGGAUCUUCCAUUCAAGAACGCUCGUUCGUGGAACACCAUCGUCUCCGCAUGCUGGAAAAUGGGUAUGGUCGAGACAGCCCGCAACUUGUUCGAUCAAAUGCCUGAACCAAACCUGGUCAGUUAUAACUCGUUGAUUUCGGGUCUUUCACGUCGUGGGUAUUAUGUGGAGGCGUUGAGUGUGUUCCGGGAAUUGCAGGAAGAUUGCGUUGGUGGGUUUUGUUUGGAUGAGUAUACUGUUGUCAGUGUGGUGAGUUGUUGUGGGUGCUUGGGUGGGUUGGGAUUGGUUCGUCAAUUGCAUACGGUGGCUUUGGUUGUUGGUUUGGGAGUGAAUGAGAUUGUUUCCAAUGUUCUGAUUGAUGGGUAUGGGAAGUGUGGGGAACCCGAGACCAGUUAUCGUAUAUUUAGCAGAAAGAAUGAGAGGGAUAUUGUGUCAUGGACUUCGAUGGUGGCUGCAUAUGCUCGAUCGUCCAGACUGGAUGAUGCGAUGAGAAUUUUUGAGCAGAUGCCUGAUAGGAAUACUGUUGCUUGGACUAGCUUGAUGGCUGGUUUUGCACAAAAUGGCCAGAACUACAGUACAUUGGAACUAUUUAAGCAAAUGCUGGAGGAAGGGGUGGUGCCAAAUGCUUUUACUUUUGUUACUCUUUUGGGCACAUGUGCAGAUUUAGCACUUCUGGAAGGAGGCAAACAGAUUCAUGGGCACUUAUUUAAGUUUUGCAACCGAGAACAUUUUGGUAGCAUGUAUGUAAACAAUGCGUUAAUGGACAUGUACUGCAAAUGUGGAGAUAUGAGAUCUUCUAAGUCUUUGUUUGAAGGAAUGAUUGAGAAGGAUGUUGUGUCCUGGAACUCAAUGAUUACAGGGUUUGCACAAAAUGGACUUGCAGAUGAAUCACUCAGUGUUUUCAGAGAGAUGGUUCAGGGCAAGGCAAGGCCUAAUCAUGUUACAUUUCUCGGAGUGUUAUCAGCUUGUAGUCAUACAGGAUCACUCGCUGAAGCCCUUCAGAUUCCGGAACAGAUGGAGAAGGAUUAUGGUGCUUGCCGGAUCCAUCCCAAUGUUGAUCUUGCCAUGAAAGCUGCAGAAACUCUGUUUCGCUUGGAACCGAGCUGUCUCUUCUCUAUCCGCAGAAGAAAUACGGCGGAUGACAUUCAUGCUAUGCAGCCAGCUCAGCCAAUCUGGACUCAUGAACAGGAGGAGCUUGUUUUUUGACAUGUUCAGUUUUCCUUCCAGGAAGAAAACUUGCAAUCUACCUCUUAUCAUUGCAAAAUUUAGAUGGUUAAUAUCGGUGCAUUGGAUGAGAAAAGGGAAGUUGCUAGGAAUAUUGGACAUCGUCAAUAUCAUGCCUCUUUUCUGAAGGUGCAUGAGCUGAAGUAUUUGUGUCUCCAUUGGUGAUCCCUCUGAUGUUUGUGUAUCUUUGACUAUGGAGAUGUGGUUCUACAGAAACAAGUUAAAUUGACCACUUAUACAAAGUCAGAUCAUGGAAGGCUUCUAAACCCUGAUUGAGGUGCAUUUCUCUGCUGAGAAUAGCUUGUUUCAGAAUCUUGGUGAACCACCAUGUCUCCAUGAUAUUAACAGUGGCCAAUUCAAGUCUUGUGAGCGUUCAGAAUGCAGAGAGUAUCCACAGUUUUAAGAACUUUAUGCAGUUUUGCACUACAAGGUCUGCUGCUCAUGCUACUUUGCAACAAAGCUUUAAAACUCAAGAGUUGCCAUGGAUGGGCAAUAAACCGGACCGGAUCAUUUACCGAAUCUGGUGUCUGAAUGAUGCAGGCCCGGUUCCAAUCCUUGCAGUAUCAUACUUAAAAAGGGUCUUGAAAGGUGAACCACAAUGGUAAGCAACGCCUUCUGCUCUCUCCUCUCUCUCUCUCUCUCUCAAACAAUAUCAAAUACAUCACCAUGCUUGCUUCUACUGCCACCCGCACACACCUCUCUUCUCUCUGCUCAUCUUACCCUCCAUACAACGAAGCUUAUCUUCGCAGGGAAAAUCCGGAAUUCGAUUUCUGGGCUACAGCCGAAACAAACCGCUCUUUGAGGAGCUUCCUGAGUCGAGGAAGCCAUGGAGACGAAGAAGAAGAAGUUGAUGACGACCACCACUAUGAAGAGCUGGAAGCAGAGUUAUGUUUCCCUUUGCAGAAGCACCCGGCACGGAGCAGCUUGUCUAAUUUGCAGGCCAUAGCCCAAGGCAGGAAGCAGCUGAUGGAGCUCGCCGGAGAUAUGCCGGACUCCAAUCUCGAACUCUCCCUCAAAGACAUCGUGAACGAAUGGAAUGUUUCCCCGUCUCGAGCAAUAACAGAAGGGGAUCAUGUGGGGGUCGUUAAAGGUGGAAGCUUUCAUUUUGCGACGGAAAAGCAGAGCAGCAGGAGAAACAACAGUAUGCAGCAGCAGAAGAAGAACGCGGCCAUCAAGCCAUUUGUUGUCCCGAGGAACUAUAGCGUCGACAAAGGAACCUUCUUGAUCAAGAUGUUCAGUCCGUCUACUCGCAGCAGCUGGAAAACGAACCUGAAAUCUUCGUCGUUGAAAGAAGGCUGUGCCGUCAGAAGCAGCAGCAACAGAUGCGGAAGCUCUAGAACUACCAGCAGAAGCAGCAGUUGUAGUAGUAGCGGUUUCAGUUCCAGCUGUACUACCAGACUCAGAAGGCAGAGCAGCGUUACCACCACUUCCACUUCCUUCCUGGACUGCUUAACUUGCUUGCCUUCCUUUUGCGCCAGAGGAACGCACAAGAGCAAGCAACGAAGUAGAGAGUGCAUGUUUUGAACAGGGAAAUCACACUAGAGAUCGAACCGGUCUACUGGUAAAAAUAUCGUUGGCUCUGAAUCAACACGAAUUGGCAGGUCUUCUCAUCAGAAACUUUCCUUGGCUGACAAGUAAUUGUAACCCAUGCCAACUUCUCUUCUCAAACAUUGGCUUGGAAUAGGCUCUCAUGGUAGAAACUGUUCUUCAUCAGGUGUUUUGCUCUAAGGUUCGGAGACUUCCUCGUUCGCGCUUCUCUGUACCAUAGCACAGUCGUCGAACUGUGUUCGAUUGGUUGGCUAGUUCGAUUAGUUGGCUAGCCGGCUGAUAUGUUGGAUGCUCUGUUUUUUCCGUUCUUCUAAACACUGAGUACGACUGAGACUGAGACUGAGACUGGGACUGAGAUGUCUUGUUGUUUGGUUGUAUUGGCUAAAUUGACUAAACUAUUGAGACCUGGCCAGGAUUAACAAAUGGAAG